AUGGCUAAGGAGAGGUUGACUAUGUUAUGGGAAGGUCUCAAACUCACAGAGGAAGAGGAACAGGUGGUUCUUCUCUCUGAUCAAUCCCUGCAAGAGGCAGAUUUGAAGGGGAAACACUGCCUCAUGUCUCUAGUUACAUCUGAUAAGCUGAUCAACAUUGAAGCUUUCAAAACAACUAUGGCAUUGGUAUGGAGGUUGGAAGGAUGGGUGGAGUUCCUGGUGACUGGUGACAACUCCUUUCUCAUUGAGUUCCAAAUCUUGGUAGAUAAGGAGAAAGUCUUAAAAGGUCGUCCGUGGACUUUUGAUCAUUUUCUGGUUGCUCCGCAAGAAGUAGAUGGCAACCUCCCUCAUAAUGCCAUCUCCUUUACUCAUGAGUCGUUCUGGGUGCAACUCCAUAACAUGCCUUUAGCAGGUAUGAACCGGGAGUAUGGGAAGCUUGUUGCAUCUACAAUUGGCAAUGUGCUCUCUGUCGAAGUGAAAGAAGAUGGGACGGGUUGGGGAAGGAGCCUUCGUGUGAAAGCUGAGGUGAAUCUCACAAAAGCCUUGGUGAGUGGUAGAUGGGUGCAAGGUGGUGACCAGAGGACAUAG